AAAAAAGUUAGAUAACAGAUAUGUUUUGUUUUUAUUUCUGUGAGAGUAGAAAGAUGCAAGAAACUCCAGAUUCCUCAAAAUGGUGGAAGACAGUCCAAAUUCUUCAGAAAUGAUGCAAGACCCUCCAAAUUCUUCUGAAACAGUGCAAGACGCUCCAAAUACUUCAAGGGUGAUGCAAACCACUCCAGAUUCUUCAGGUAUCCCAGCAGGGACUGUAGAUGAAAAUAUUGGAAAAUCCAAGGCAAAGCAAUCCAAAGGUCAUCGUUGUUAUUUUUGUGGUGAAAAAUUUCUGGAAAUAAAGGUGUUGAAAAAACAUAUCACUAGUCACAAAGAAAGACCUUAUGCAUGCACGCUAUGCGACAAGACAUUUUGUGACAAAGGAAUGCUUUAUAAGCAUCAGUUUGUGCAUAGUAAGGUAAGACAACAUCUUUGUGAAAUUUGUGGCAAGUCCUUUAAACGGAGAUGGUAUUUGACAGCUCAUAGAAAAAUACAUUCCGAAAGAGAUUCGCUUUCAACAACAAAUGUAUGUUUAUUUUGUGGGAAGAGAGUGCCAUCAAGGACUGAUCCAAUUUGCUCAAUUUGUGUGCGUCAAGGGAAGAAUAUCAAUAAAGAUGGAAAAUUUCUCUGCACGUUGUGCCAUGAAAUUUAUGACAGCUCAAAGUUAUUAAAUGACCAUAUGUUUCUCCAUGCUACUGCAGUUGAAGAUAAGUUAUGUUCGAAUGACAUGGUCUCUCAGUCUAAGAUAAUAUCAUUUACAUGCCUUAUUUGUCAAGCUGAAUUUAAGUCGUUAACUGGUUUAAAAAUUCAUUCUACAUGCCAUACAGGAAAUCGACCAUUUUCUUGCAAGCUGUGUGAUCGCACAUUUAGAAAUCCUCACAACUUACGACGGCAUACAGCUGCUCAUGAUGUUAGUAAAUCUCGAUAUUCGUGCAAAAUUUGUGGCUCAUCUUUUAACUCUGUUAAAUGUUUAAGUAACCACAUUUUAUCACACACUUUGCCUUUCGUUUGUGAAAUUUGCGGUAAUGGUUUUAAAACUGCGAAAUGUUUAGAAAAGCAUGCUUUGGUUCACACAGAAGACCGUUCUUUUGUUUGCGAAGUAUGUGGUUGCAGCUUUAAGUCAUCCAGGACUCGACGACGGCAUUAUGCUACCCAUGAAGAUAUUCGUCCUUUUCCUUGUCAUAUUUGUAAGAAUGGAUUUAAAUCAGCUUCAAAUUUAAAAAAGCAUUUAAAAUCUCAUUCAGCUGUUCUACCUCUUAUUUGCAAAUUUUGCGAUAAGGGUUUCAGAUCUUUUUACUAUUACGAUCGGCAUCAACGAACUCACACUGGUGAACGUCCAUACCAAUGUGUAUACUGUGAAAGAAAAUAUACACAAUCUGGUGCAUUGAACACGCAUAUGUUAACCAUCCAUAGUUCACAGGUUCCAUCUUUGCAAAAGACUGCAUAAAUUAUAUCGGAUAUAACUGCAAAUGUUUCAAAAGUGAAUCGGUUUUUAAUCGACAGAGCAACUUUAACAAGUUUGUUGAGUAAUAGUUUUCUCUUUUGCUUUCUUUCUUGAGAUGAAUAUUUUUUAUCACAACAUAAAAUAAUAAAUUUCUAACUUUUUCUGUCUUUUUCUA